AUGGAGUUCCAAUACAGAAAGCUCAUCCUCUCCCUCUCAAUACUCGCUCUCUCCACCCUUUCGGCCCUCUCUCACUCCUCCUUCUCCCCCUUAGACAACUUCCUCAUCGACUGCGGGUCCACCGUGGGCUCCACCGUCGACAAUCGCCUAUUCGUUCCCGACUCGGCCAAGCGCGACUCGUCUCUGUCCUCCUCUACCCGCUCCAUCACACUCAGAAAUGAAAACCCACCUCCCAAUUCGCCCCAAAUCUACAGCACGGCUAGGGCUUUCAGGCGACCUUCCAAGUACAAGUUCCAGAUCCGGGACGAAGGGACCCACAUGGUACGCCUCCAUUUUCAGACCUUUAAUUCUUUGAAAUUCGAUUGGAACAACACUCAAUUUCAUGUCUUGGUUAAUGGGUUUGUGGCUUUGGCCGACUUUAGAGCUGGGGGUGUAGAAAGCCCCAUGGUUAUGGAGUUCUUGAUCUGGGUUAGUACGGGAAAGCUUGUAAUUGAGUUUGUUCCUGCUAAAAAAUCAAACUUUGCGUUUGUGAAUGCGAUUGAGGUUAUAUCUGCGCCUAAGGACCUUGUUGCUGAUACGGCAAAGUUUGUGAGUUCUGAUAAAGUUGAGGAUUUUAAUGGGUUAGCUAAGCAAGCGCUUCAAGUUGUGCAUAGGGUCAAUGUGGGGGGUUCUAAAGUGACGCCGUUUAAUGAUUCUAUAUGGAGGACUUGGGUUACUGAUGAUGAGUAUUUGGAACCGAAUUCAGGGUCGAAAAGGGUGUAUUUUGGUGGCCGGAUCAAGUAUCAGGAUGGAGGGGCUAGCCGGGAAGUUGGCCCUGAUAAUGUGUAUAACUCUGCCAGAGUGAUUCACAGCACAAAUGCUUCAAUCCCCAAGGUCAAUAUGACAUGGGUUUUUCCUGCCAUUGCAGGAUAUAAGUAUCUGGUUAGGAUGCAUUUCUGUGACAUUGCUAGUAUUUCCAUCGGUUUGCUGUAUUUCAAUGUGUAUGUGAAUGGGAAUUUGGCAUAUGAGAAUCUGGAUCUUUCUAUGGCUUCCAACUACAUAUUGGCUUCUCCGUUCUAUGCCGAUUUUGUGGUUGAUGGAGACGAUUCGGGUGUUCUUAGGGUAAGUGUAGGACCAUCGAAUAUGAGCGUACCUUAUGCCAUUGAUGGUGUUUUGAAUGGUAUUGAGAUCAUGAAGCUGAAUAACUCAAUGGGGAGUCUUGAUGGAGAUUAUUGUGCAGGGUGGGUUUUGAGGAACUGGCCAAGUGGACAUGUUGGUUUUGUGGUUCCUCUGGUUGCUGCUGCCUGUUUGCUGCUAAGUAUAUCUUUGGUUAUGCGAAGAAAGAUGAAUGCCGAGGGGUUUGUGGCAUGGUCGAGACUGCCCAUGGAUGUUUCAGAAGCUAAUGCCAAGCAUGGCAAUGCACAGCCAUCAAGUUAA